ACUUAAUGUCCUCAACGAAAAUAAAGGUCGGAUUAAGUUGUUUAUUUACUUAUUAACAGCCAUAUACUUUUGGAGAUUAGAUAUUGCAAAUAUAUAUUGAUAUCUUAAUAAAACUUAUUAUUAAUACACUAACUCAUGAACAAGAAUCCGGAUAACACUUCCAAGCAAAUGGAAACAGACUUACAACUUCUUGAAUCUCAACAUCCUGAACUGGGUGAGAUUGCCAAAAGUUUAGCUCAGAUUGCAUUACAUAUGAAAUCGCCUGUCUUAGAAAAUGCAACAAAUAACAAUGAAACACAAAGUUCAUUAUCUACUAAUGAUACAUUAUAUCGUAAUUUUAUGCAGUUACAACUUCAAGAUCCUAAAAUUCAAAAUUUACUGCUUGAAAAACAAAAACAAUCACAAGUUCAGAAUAGCACAAGUAAUAACACUAUAAAAAACUUAAUGGAAACUAUUCUGUUGAAUUCACAAAGUAUGCGUAAAUCUCCAAGUCAAGCAGAUGAAAACUUUAGUGGAACAACAACUUCUAGGAGUGGUUCAUCUGACCGUCGGACAAUUGGAUACACUGGUAGAAGUGUGAGCAUUAACGAAGGUAAACAUCUUUUCGGUUCUCAGUCUCCUUGUGGUUCAAAUAUAUCAUUCCCUAAAUACUCGGACACUUCUCUCCCUAUGUCACAUCAAACACAAUCGAUAACAGGGAUAAGUCAAAAUAAUCAAGAAAUUAUUCAAUUAUUACAGUCUAUUAUUCAAAACGGUAAUUCUCAAAAUGCAAAUUUACAUAAUUUAAAUUUACUAACUCAACUUCUACAAUUACCAAUUAAACCGGAUGGAUCAAACAAUGUUUGGAGUUCAGUUAUUCAACAACUAACUAAACAAUUACAUCAGUCCUAUCAACAACAACAACAACAACAACAUAAUAAUAAUAAUAAUAAUAAUAAUAAUAAUAAUAAUAAUAAUAAUAAUAAUAGUAAUAAUGAUAAUGAACACAUACCUAGUAUAAAUAGUAGUAGCAAUUUCAUUCCAGAAAAUACAAUCCCAGAAAUAAAAACAGAGUCUGUAUGGACAGAUGAUAUAAACACACAACAAAAUAUUAAACUGCCAAGUAACUCAAUGUCAUAUAUACAGUCGACUAACAGACCAACGAAUACACCUAUAGUAAAAAUUCAAGAUAAUACAAUGACAGGAAAUGUAGAAAAUGUAAAUCAAAAUUCAAAAAUAGAAGUUGGAAAAUUAAAUCCGUAUGAAAUGGAACCAACACAUGAGACUGUUAAAAGUAACCAUAACCUAUGGUCAAAUCCUGGUUCAUAUAAUAAUGUAAAUCAAGCUGUUAAUGCCAAUAUAGGAUAUUCAAGACAAGUGACUAAUGUAUCAAGAUUAUUAAAUCAAGAGCGUCCUUGGAUGCGAAGUCAUCACAGAGAUAGAUUUGUUGUACGAAUCACAUCAGUAACUCAUCGCUGUUCAUGUCGAUCAAAUACUCCAAACCAUAAUCGUACAACAGAUUCAAAAUCUAAUCAAUGUCAAGGCAAAGAAUGUAAACUCAGUGAACCACGUAUUUAUGUCACAUUCCAAACUCAAUUACCAAGUUUAAUUCCACCUGACAAUGCUAGAAAACAUGGAAGACAUUCACACCAUAUACCACUAACUGGGCUUAGAUUGGGAUUUAGCUGUCCAUUAACUAGUCAAGGACCACCUAUGAGUGAUUUCGAAACACCAAAAGUAGCUGAAAGAUUUGAUUCAUGGGAACAAGCUGGUAAUCGUCCAGGUUUUCGUGUACAAAUAUUGACAGCGCUACAACAUACAGUUCGUCAAAUGCUCGAAUUAAUUAGAACAAAGGGAUUUAGUGCAAUAAAACUCGAUACAGAUUAUGUGUUCUUUCCACCAGCAGCUGAUCUUCAACCAAUUUACGCGAGACGUAGACCACUGAGUUCAUCAUCAGAUAGUUCCUUGCCAAGAGUAAUGGGUCUUGAACGAAUAAGACAUGAAAUUAAAAAUGAACCAAAAAAUCACAGUUUCAAUACAAAAUUAAGUGAAAGUUUAAAUUAUACUGAAAAACCAGAACAAUCAAUUUGGUCAGAAGUGAUGAGUGAAUCUGAAGAUAGUAACAAUGAUACUGUAUUCAAUACAAAUAGUCUAAGUAUACCAAGAAAUAGGCCACGAACAUGGUAUCAAUCACCUGGACAAAAUUCUUUAAGUACAUCACCAUCAAUAAUAUUGACAAAAAAUAAUUCAGAUUAUAGAAUAAAUGAAAUUACUGACAUGGUGGAAAAUGAUCAUUAUCAUUCUAUUGAUAAACAUAUUAAUAUUGAUGAUAAUAAUGAUAAUAAUAGUAAUGAUAUCUGUUACCCAAUGAGUUCAAGUACAAUUGGUAUAUCAUCAAAUCAACCAAUACAAAAUACAUGUUGGUGUACUUCAAAUCCAACACAAUAUUCUUUAUAUCAUAAACCUGGGCAUAAUUCAUUUUUAUCCACUUCACAAAUAGCAAUUAAUCCAAAUGUACAAAUGAAUUAUUCUCCAUACACUAUGGUAGAUGAACGUUGUUGGCUUAAUAAAAGUAUAAAUACCCCAAACAAACUUCUUAGAUCGUUGGGUGCUCCAUAUUCAACUCCGGUUAGUCCAACACAAUUUAUUCUACGUGAAUCUACUAAUCAGAAUCAGUCAAAUGAUUAUGAAGCAAGUAAUCUCCAAGCAUCAGCAUCAACAGAGCUGGUGGGAAAAUUAGAAAAACCUAAAAUUCCCACCCCUGAAUAUCUUCAAAGUACUACAAACUCAGAACAAAAACGAGAUUACUUAAGUAAGAUUUUACAAGAAAUAUCAAAUUGUCUUCAUACUAAUCCUCAAUAUCCCAUCGUUAUCAUGCCUACUUCACAAAUGUUGAAUUUCUCAGAGAAUCAACAAGCGACGGAUAAUAAAAACAGUAGAAAAGCACCACUUGUUUUUCAAAUACCACAUUCUAAUUCGGUUUUUAUAGGCCUUCCAGCAACCUCAGGGGUGAAUCCACGGGUUAUGACAGCCUCGCCCACAAAUGCUGUUAUUGUAUUGCCGUCAUUAACAACAGAUCAACAGUUAACUCAACAAUCCACAUCACAACAAAAUUGUCAGUAUUCACCUCUCACAAAUACACAACCAACUAUUUUAACAGGUCCAAAACAAGGCUAUUUGUUAAUUAUUACACCGGACAAUAAGUAUGAAUAUGUACCACAGCCUUAACUACCAACAGAAACUACAAGCUAUUAAUGUUGCAUUUACAAAAUGAUUCUUUCCCUGUAUAUUUAUGUCAAUAAUAUAAUCAUAUUAGCAAAUUAUUAUGCUCGCUAACAAUGCAACUAAAUCGUUUUAUAUCCAUUAUUACAGAUGAUGACUAUACAGGCAGAAAAAGAGGAAUCAGCUGAAUGGAAACUACUAUUACUACUUUUUAUCUUACUAUAACGAAGAAAAUUGUCGUUUCCUUGAAAUGAACAACAAACGAUUAUUUCAUCCCCGUGAAGAUUUGACUUCAUAUUUUUUUAGGUAUAACGUCAAAUCUUUUAAUGCAUCUUUCGUCUUCCAGACAUAAUUAAAUAAACAGAAUAAAUCAUUAUUUUGAUUCUAUAUACGAUUGUAUAACAGAUCUGGUAUUCCUAGUAAAUGUUUUAAUACAGCUGAUCUACUCAAUGACCAAGUAUUUAGAUUCAAAAA